AGAAAAAUUAAAAUUUAAAAUUUUUAUGCGUAAUAAACGCGUGGAAGUAUCUUUUAUUUUUUAUUUAAAAAAAUAUUUUCUUUUGAAGUUUGGAAACAAAAUAUAUAGUUACGUAUUGAAAGAUUUUUAUUUUAAAAGUAAACGUGGCCCAAGUUUAAAUUGGGGAAAUUGUUAUGAUAAAAACUAUUUUUAGUGUAAUAUAUUUUUUAAUAAAAUUAUUAUCUAAGCAUAUUAUAAAAUUUUUUAUAAUGGAAACAAUAAGUGAAAAUGAAAAUCAAACAGAACAAGGUAAUAAUGAAAAAAUGGAUUGGGAUUUUUGUGAUGAUGCUAGAAGUACAUCGUAUACAUUUAGACCUUAUGAAAUAGUAAAAAUCAAUUAUUGUGGUGAUAUAAGAAAUUCUGAAUAUCCAAGCCCUCGCAGUGGUCAUAGAGUAGUAUGCUCAAAUUCUAAUUUAUAUUGCUUGGGUGGCUUUAAUUUAACUCAUGUUAAUAGAGGAAAUAUAUCCCGUUUACUGUUUCGUGAGUUAUGGGAAUAUAAUUUUGUAACAAGAAGAUGGACAAAAAAGAUGGAUCACAAGGUGAAAGAUAUGCCAGAAGAAUUAGCAAGUAAUGCAGUCACAAUUCACGAUGACGUAUUGAUUGCUUAUGGGGGAACAGGUUAUCCAUUUGGGCAAGCUUGUUCAAACAACACCCACUUCUUCAGCAUAAAAAAACCGUUUGUUAAACGAUUGAAAGUUAGUGGUGAUUUACCAACGCCCAUGUAUGGACCAGCUAUAGUAGUUCAUGAUAGAUGGUUGUACACCAUAGGUGGUACAACUGGCUAUGAUUAUUCCUGUGAUGUUUAUCGUUUAGAUUUAUAUACAAAAACUUGGGAAAUGCUCUAUAUUUGCCAACCAGAUAGAAGGGAAGAUGAUCCGAAAGGACGUUACCGUCAUGAAAUUGUUUAUGAUGGGACUCAUAUUUAUGUUUUAGGUGGUGGUACAUCAAUAACUGCAUAUAGUCUAAAAGAAAUUCCUGCAUUCAAUUUAAAAACAAACACUUGGGAUAUGUUUAAAACUAAACCUGAUGUUACUCUUAAAGUAAACGGUGGAUAUCCUGAAUCAAGAAAAUGUUAUUCAUGUAUUCAGUAUAAAACAGAAAAAGGAAUUGAAGCAGUCAUUGCCGGCGGAUAUACGGAAAAUGAUAAUGCUUUUUCUGAUAUAUGGAAACUUACGUUUUCAAAUAUGGAAUGGAAAUUAAUUAGAACUGCUAAGUUACCAAAUCCUCUGUAUUUUCAUUCGGCAUCAACAUCUGGAAAUGGAUGUAUGUAUUUAUUUGGUGGUAUAGAAUUAGUAAAUGAUUUAAGCAGAACAAAUGACCUAUUUAAAAUGUGGACAACUAUACCGAAAUUAAGUGAAAUGUGUUGGGAUGCGAUAACAUACUACAAUCCAAAUUUAGAUAGAUAUACUGAAGGUGAUCUCUUAUCAAUUGGCAUACCAAAAAAAUUUGUAGAAAGAGUGCCUGUAGCUCAAAAAUAUAGUCCUAGCUCUAGUUCAGUUAGAAAAAAUAAUAUUUUUAAUCUUUAUAGCUGUUUUCAAAUCGAUUAAUAAAUAUAAUAAUUCGCAUAGGAAGAGAUCUUUACAAAACAAAAUUAAAAAUAAGUGUGUAUAUCGUACGCUUCCUUUUAAAUUAUAUUGAUUUUUUUUAUUGUUAGUAAUCAUAUGAAAAUUUUAUCUUAUAUACAUACGUUUAUAUAUCUAAUAUAAAAAAAAAAAAAAUUAACCUUUUAAAAUUAAAAAAUUACUGCUUAUUAUUAUGUUUCUAAACGCAUAAUAAACCCGCUUGAAUAUUCGAAUAUAAACUUUUUUUCAUCAAAAUAACAAAUAUAACGUCCUUAAAAUGAUUUCAAGGCAAUAAGUUUUUGUGGCAUUUUGUUAAGAAAUAAUUUUUUAAGCUACAUAAUUAUGUUUUACUUAGUUUUUUUGCUUAUAUUUAAUUAAACAAAAAGAAGAAAAAUAAUUUUUAAUGAAGAAAAUUUUUAGAGGCCAUAAGUUAAUAAGGUAAUAAAAGUAUGAUGAUGGAAAUAGUAAUUUAUUUAAAAAAAGAAAUUAAAAAAUUUAUACUCUACAUAUAAAGAAAAAUAAUAAUAACCUACAGUUAAAAAUAUUAUCUUAACAUUAACUAAAAUGAGGAAUAUCUACACAUAAUAUUUCUCAUUACUCAAUAUCGCAAAAAGUUUAGAAUUGACAAUUUUUAAAUUAUAAUAGAA